AGCAAGCGGGGACCUGCGCAAGAUCGUAAAUCAGGCCUGAAAUGUAACCUGGCAAAGUAAACGUUUCAUCCAUUGCCAGCAUGAUAUUAUAUAUUGGAAAGCUUUUCCGGACAACUAGUGCGUCAUGCCACUCUCUAUUAGGUGCUAUUUUCGUCCUGGCCUGGAAGACAUUCAUCCACCAUCUACCCACCCUGACAGCACCCAAUAAACCCACCACUCCCAUUCAUCUCCACCCACCUCCACCCUCUCCCCCUCCCUCGCUCGGUCCUUCUCCCUGCCUCUCGCCGACGACCAUUUGUGACUUGAAAAACAACAUAGGUGAAUUGUGUUUGGUCGUCCGGGAGAUUACACAGAGGGGCCGUGAUAUUUUGCAUAAAACUGAUCGUUUUCCCCACUUUUUGAAUCUUUUUUUGGAGGCCCCGGUCCCCGUGAUUUAUACAGACUCGUUUUCUCCAGAGGAGAGAUUCAUAUCUUUUGAUUUACUGACACAUGAUGGAGUGCGGGUUGUUUCUCUUGCCUGGCUUUGUGCGUUCUCUGGAUACGUUCUCUUCAUGACUUUCCAAUCCGCGCGCAGCAGCACUUGAUCUCGGCGGGGAAGCGGACGAAAGAAAGAUGGCCAUCCACGCGGAGGGUCUCGUGGCUAUUGUGAUCUUCUACGUCUUGAUUCUUUUCGUUGGCAUCUGGGCCGCGUGGAAGAACAAGAACUCCGGAGUUGGCGAUGGCAUGGACCAGAGCGAGAGGAUCAUGGUCGGGGGAAGGGACAUCGGGCUGUUCGUUGGUGGAUUCACAAUGACCGCGACUUGGGUGGGCGGGGGCUAUAUCAACGGGACAGCAGAAUAUGUUUACCUGCCAGACUACGGGCUGGCCUGGGCGCAGGCACCUUUUGGGUACGCUCUCAGCCUGGUUGUAGGUGGCCUUUUCUUUGCCAAACCAAUGCGAUCACGCGGAUACGUCACCAUGCUGGACCCCUUCCAGCAGCUGUACGGACAAAGGAUGGGAGGACUGCUCUUCAUCCCUGCACUCAUGGGAGAGAUCUUCUGGUCUGCAGCCAUUUUGUCUGCCUUGGGUGCCACUCUCAGUGUGAUCGUGGACAUAAACAUCAACAUGUCAGUGGUGAUCUCUGCACUGAUAGCUAUCUUCUACACCCUUGUUGGGGGACUAUACUCGGUCGCAUACACGGAUGUCGUCCAGCUCUUCUGUAUCUUUCUGGGCUUGUGGAUCAGUGUGCCUUUUGCUCUGUCCAAUCCUGCCGUGUCAGACAUCAGCGUUACAGCUAAAGAAGCAAUCUAUCAGUCACCCUGGCUGGGGAAGAUUGAGCCUGAAGACAAAUGGCUCUGGGCGGACAACUUCUUUUUGCUGAUGUUGGGGGGGAUUCCCUGGCAGGUCUAUUUUCAACGGGUUCUUUCUGCCUCUUCAGCUACCUAUGCUCAGGUCCUUUCCUUCCUCGCUGCCUUCGGUUGCUUGGUCAUGGCCGUGCCCUCUGUCCUCAUAGGAGCUAUAGGGGCUUCCACUGACUGGAAUCAAACAACGUAUGGUUCCCUCCCUCCGAAGGAUAAGGAAGAAUCGGACAUGAUUCUUCCCAUAGUGCUUCAGCACCUCUGCCCACCGUACAUCUCCUUCUUUGGUCUGGGGGCGGUGUCGGCUGCAGUAAUGUCAUCAGCAGACUCAUCCAUACUCUCAGCCAGCUCCAUGUUUGCCAGAAACAUCUAUCAGCUCGCCUUUCGACAAUCGGCUUCAGAUCGUGAGCUUGUUUGGGUAAUGCGCAUCACCAUCUUUGUCUUUGGAGCUCUCGCCACUGCAAUGGCUUUGUUAACGGGAUCGGUAUACGGCUUGUGGUACCUGAGCUCUGACCUGGUCUACGUCAUAAUUUUCCCUCAACUUCUGAGUGUUUUAUUUGUCAAGGGCACCAAUACCUAUGGCUCUGUGGCUGGCUACAUCUUUGGUCUUUUGCUGCGCAUUGGUGGAGGGGAACCAUACCUCAAACUCCCUCCAUUCAUCUAUUACCCUGGAUGGGUGACUCAGGAGAAGAUCCACCACCUCACUGGUGAUGUAGAGUACUUUGUCCAGCAGAGAUUCCCUUUCAAGUCCGUGUCCAUGGUGGCAUCCUUCUUGGCAAAUGUAGUCUUCUCUUACCUCACAAAGUACUUAUUUGAAAGUGGUAUGCUGUCACACAAGUAUGACUUCCUGGAUGCAGUGGUGUCCAAGCAUAGCAAGGAAAUCAUGGACAAGGCUACACUGGUAAGCAACCAUGACAACAUAAUUCUUUCAGAGAUGGCUCCUGUCCAUCAAGCUUUGGGUCCAUCGCUUGCCGGAACCUUCAUCAACACUGAGGUCCUCAGUGAUGACGGUGCCUCUAGUCCAGAGGCUUUCCACAAUGAUGACUAGACAACAAAUGCACAAGGAAAACUAGAACCAAGGAAUGUGAAGAAGAAGGAAUAGUCAACGAGGCAUCAGCAUUCUUCAGGAAACUUGCUACUGCCACACUGGGAGCCAGCUCAACAGAAAUCUGCUGUGGUUUCCAAGUGAAUACACAAGUUUGUUUUAUGAUGGUAAUGUGGUGCCUCCUUCUUUUUUGAGAUUCCUUGACUAGAACCAAGAAACUGACUCUCAGUCAGCUGUGCAAAGCAUAUUAUACUCAUUCUUGUGUUUUUUUAUCAUGGCUCUCUGAAUCUACAACCCUUUUGUUUUAAGUGCUGCUACUAUGGUUGGAUGAACUUUCAGUGACAUAUGGUAGGACUAUAUGAGAAAGUCUAGGCCAAUUUGUUGUGGGUCAUGAGAAUAGUGCAAUAUUUAACCAACGAGCUGUGUCCUACAAACCAUUGUACUGUAUAUGUAUGUUGAUUUACAUGCAUACAUACGUAUGUGUACACCUGGCAACCGGCAUCAAGUGAAUGCUCUAGACGCAUCAGACGGUGAGUUUUAUGUUUGCGUAGAGUAUAUUUAUUAAUAGAGCAAUAAUAUUUUUAGGAUAUACGUUGUACAGAUAGGUACAUUACAAUAAAUUUCAAAGUUACCACCACUGAUUUUAACUUGAAGACAGUAGAUUUUUGCCAAUUACAUUUUGUGUAUUCACCUUGCUCUUAAUUUUUUUAUUGGUGUUACCAAAUCUGGAAGCAUUGAGAACCUCAGACCACUGUUAUAUGACCAACACCUUACAACACCUGCCAAACAAAAGCUUGAUCAAAAUCCCAUAUUGGAAAAACCAUUUCUGAACAUUCACUGCCAUCAUUUAUCAGUAAUAACAAUUUCUACAAUAAAUUCAUGAUGCAGCUACCAUAUGCUUGUUGCAUCAUCAAAACUAAACUCAGAUUUGAUUCUCGGCACAACAAGAUGAAUGUUUGCAUACACGUCAGUUAAGGAUAAUGGCAACCAAUAGAUUAUUCAUGCACUGAGCAGCACUUUCUUUUAUCCGUUUCGGUCUCCACCAACUCCUGAAGGGAAAAAAUAUGUCUCUUCAGCUAUUAAAUGCUCAGCAGGUCGCUUUGGUUGAUUGUGAAUAGCACAUUUUUCAAAGUUGUUCCUCUCUCAUUAUUGUAAACUGAUGUGAGUUCAGACUAAACCUGGAAAAGUGAUGUUGCAGGUGUCUUAUGAAAAUCCAUUUGCAAUCUCUGUAUUUGUCCAAAUUUUGGAGGAAGGAAAACAUUGUUAAAGGAAUGUGCAUUUACAACUGCAUUACCAAAUAACAAUAACACUGAUAACAACAAAAGCAUGUAUGAUAUUCGUCGAGCAGGCAGAUCUUGUAAGUGUGGAAAUAUGAUAAUUAACAGUAAGCUUUGAAAAUGAUCAGUAGAGUAUGGUAUACUUUUAUCAUAUCAAGGUCUUUAACGUGGUCUCAGAAGUUUUUUUUCUGAAUUACGUUUGUGCGUGUCUAUGAUGGUUUGUUUGCUCAUCCUAAAGCAGUAUUGACUGGCCAGCCACAGCAGGUUAGCGGCGACAGGAAAUGAUUGCUCCUCUCGGGAUGGUGUCGAAGGCACCAGUCAUUAUCGAUCCGGUCCCUGGUCAAUCAGCCCUCAGGACAUUUGAUUAAUUGUGCUCAGAGACUCCAAACGAUGGUUUAUUAGGCUUCUACAUCGUGUUGUGCACAGUGAUGAUAUUUAAGUUGUUUCUGAUUGAGCACCAUCAUACAUUCUCCAGUACUAUUCUUGAAUUGUCAUACUUUUUCAUAUGUUUCCAAAAUCAAUUUUCAGUUUUGUGAUUUUCCUUUUUGUGGCAUUGUUAAGUGUUACUGUUGGCUGCUUGUUUGUCUCCUCUCAGCAUUGUUGUGGUGUGUUGUCUUUGGUGGACUUGCCUUAAUUCUAUGUUCAUAGAUAAUGAGCAGGCUUGAAUCGGAGUUGCAGACGUGACGAGCUGUAUGAAAAAAAAAUCAGUUGCAAGAUGAGGCCAGUAACAUUCUGAUGUGAAUUUAUUGUCCACCAUCAAAACCAAAUUGGACACUAGCCCAGAAUAAUUUGAUGAAGAAGUUUGGGGAAAAGGCAAAAUUCAACUGCAAAAGUUUUCAUACUUGCUUGAGGUGUUUUUUUGUUUUUUUUAGGGAUAAACAAGUUCUGACUUGUUGAACAUUGAAAUAAUUGGCUUCAUCAGCUGUUUCAGCUUGUAGAGAAAACAAAGAAACCAUCCGUUUGUGUACACUACCUGUCAGAGUCAUGUUGUCACAUAUCACUCAGACAGAUUGAAACAUGCCAAUUCUCACUGGCGUGUGAGUUAAAUUAUUACAACUUCCUGAAACCUGCGAAAAAACUGAAAAAACCUGUGAAGUCCUCUCUCGGUUUUUCUAUGGUGGAUGGGUCAAGGUGACUGGUUUUGUUUCUUCUUCUUUUGCUUUUGGCUACUUCUUCUGCUCUAUUCACUUCAGUCAUGUGUAACUAUUUCAUUGCAUCAGUUGGAUGGAAACCGUUUUCUAGACAUUAGCUUCAAGUUUGAAUGAAAACAUUGCGUGUUUUCAUGUGUGGUCCCACUCUCAUUAAUACAUAAAGACAUUAUUGUUUUAAAAUGGUCAUUAGUGAUCUUUUUAAGGUGGAGCCAUUUCUCAAUGCUGCUGGAAUCUGUCGUUUCCAUAAAAUAUUACUCAAACAGCAUAAAUGGUGCAUUUGUUUGAUUACUCACUGACUUUACUUUACUCACUGACUAAUACACACCAGGUGGUCUACAGGUCUACAAUGUUCAUUAAAAAAGAAAAAAGAAAAAGCUUAUAAGGUUUUGGCACAGUCAUAUCUGCUGAGGACCAGUAAGAGACACUAAACCCCAACCUGACCUCAUCUGACCUGACCUCAUCGGACCUGACCCGGUUAUGUGAACAAUGAUUCACCAACGUAAUGACUAAAUGGCUUCAGCUUCACAUAGAACGAGAUAACUGCUGGUCUGACACUAUGCAAAGUGUCAGGUCAUCUCUUUUGACUUAAAUGUGAAUGUAAAAGUCUCUCCUUAUUUGAUGAGUGUCGUAGCUCAGGUUCAUUCAUAAACCUGAACACACACAGAGAAAAGAAUCAAUGUCAGUUGAACUGACACAUUUGUGGCUCUAUGUUGUAAAUAAUGCCGUAUUUUUGUGUGAUGUAUAUAUACAUAUAUAUAUAUAUAUAUAUAAAGAGCAAAGGAAGAAACUACUCUACUUUUAAAUGCAGCACUGAAAAUUAUGUUUGUGGACAGUGAAAUUACAGCUAUUUAUUUAUUCAUGCGGUGUCUAUAAGAGUAUAGUUGUAAACAUGUGAGGUCCGUUGAAUAAAUUAUAUUAAUUUA